ACUUUUACGUGUGACACAUAUGAUUUGGUUUAUCGAUGUAUUAGAAAGUUGUUCAAGACGCACAUCCAGCCAUAAGAAAAGCAUAACGUCAUACAAGGACUGAAAGGUGACGUUUGCAACGGUAAACUCUUUUUGUUUGAAGGAACAUUUUUCUUUUUGAUCAUUUUUGUGUUUGUGACGAAGCGGACUCAUUCCCUCUUUGCGUAAAUGCGGCCAGCGAGUUCGACGGUGGGUUUGUAUGGAGUUAACUGAAGUCAAUAAACCCGUCAGUGCUACAAGAACCAUGGUCUCGUCUAAUUCCUGGAGGGAGUGAUAGUCGAACUCGGACCUGCUCGGACUUCUCGUGCCCUCCAGCUCAUCAAGACGGAGUUACAGAUAAGCCACUGCUUAGCGUUAAGGACACACACGCUCAUCUGUUUUUCAUGAAGACGUCUGUAAGUCAGACACGGAAGUUUGUAAUCUGAAAAGUGACACAAGAACUGAAAAACUUAAAGGGACUGUGUAAAGCAUGAUACGUGCAACAGUGUUUUCAAGAUAUAAAAGGGGCAUUGAUGCAAUUGAUCAUACGGUUAUUGUAUAAGUAAGAAGAUAAAGGUGUGUCUUGUUGAUUUUGUAAAGUAAGAAAGUAUGUGCACAUUUAAUUAAGUUUCAUUUAGAGGAAAGUUUUGAGUUAAAUCAGGAAAUUGUUUUUCUUUACUAAUAGUUCAAGAUUUGAAAUAAGGAGUAAUUAAUGGGUGAUUGAAAUAUAUGAUUUAAUUUAGUUUGCCAAUUUAAGUAAGUAUUCUGUGUAGGUUUUGUAUUUACCUUUAAUAUAAGGCUCAUUGUGUUGAAAUGUUUAGGAACUAAUUUAGGAUGUCGCAAAAUUGUGAAGAAACCCAGAAUGAAGUAGCUGCUUGUGAGCAAAUUGUAGAGCCAGAGCAGAUAGAUGAGCCUAAGACUGUGCAAGAAGUACAGUCUGAAGAACCUCGUAGGGGUGAAAGAUCUCACACACUAGCUGAAAAGGGAAAAGAACUAAGAAAGGAAAAAAUUAGUGGCCUUCUACUCCGCUUUGACAACAUUUAUGAGCGCUGGAAAGCCCUGACUAAGUUGGCUAAAAAGGCUGUAGUAAGACGAGAUCCCAGUAAUCUACUACAGGAACAUAUCACCACUAUUGAAAGGGAAUUACCUGAUCUAAAUGUUGCUUAUGAUGAAUACAGAAGGAUUGAUAGCCCAUCUCAUGACAUGCGCGUCGCAAGCUUGACAACUGUACUUCAGUCACAAGGAUUGUUGUGCAAAACGCUCAGUAUCAAAUCCAAGGAAGAGAGGAGGAGAUGCUUUGGCCCAACGCUGGCUCUGUAUUCGCAUCUUCAACCUCCAGUGUUUCAGCUUCUCAUUGCUCCAAGGUAAACUCUAUUCACUCUAAUGCAUCAUCAGCCAAGAGACAAGAAGCAGCUGCAGAGUAUGCAGCCACACAAGCUGUAUUAAAGAUUAUGACUGAGCAAAAAUGCUACAAAGACAAACUGCAAACACUUGAAGCCGAGGACAGGCUAAUAGUUGUAGAUCAAGAAGCAGCAGCAAUAGCUCAUCGUUUGCUAGAAGAAAAGGAAGAUGCUGAACAUAGGAUAGAAAGAGAGAAACAAGAAGCUGCUACUCUAAAGAAACAGCAAGAAGAGAAUGCUGCAAGGAAAAGAUCUAUACAAGACUUGAAAAGAAAUCUAGAGUGUCUAGACGAGUUAAAGAGGCUUAAUGCUGCUAAAGCAAGACUUAAGGUCUAUGAUGAAGUGGAUCUUUACCCAGACCAUGAAGUUACACCAAAGAACACUUUGCUACCUACAGGUGUACAGAUGUUGGAUCAGGUGAGCCCUGUGUUUCAUUACACGCAGCCAAUGGAAGUUACAGCUCCAAAGGACAUGUCUCAAGAUAAACAGGGGGAUCUAGUGAAGGUUUUAGCAGAAGCUAUAUCAGCAAAUAGAUUACCCAUUCCAGAACCUACCAUCUUUAGUGGAGACCCACUUAAGUUUAAUCAUUGGAAGUCAUCCUUUCAGACAUUAAUUGAGAGGAAAAAUAUUCCCACUUCAGAGAAACUUUUCUUUCUUCAGAGGUAUGUUGGAGGACCAGCUAAAGAAGCAUUAGAGGGUCAUUUUCUAGGUGAUUCAGAACAUUCCUAUUAUGCAGCAUGGGAUCUGCUAAAUGAAAGAUAUGGUGAGCCCUUUGUAGUUGCCGAGGCCUUCCGUGAUAAGUUGCACACAUGGCCAAAAAUUGGUCCAAAGGACAGUACUGAGUUGAGAAAAUUUGUAGACUUUUUACGCAGUUGUGAAUCUGCCAUUGUUCACAAUGAGAGUCUCAGGGUUCUUGAUGAUGGACUUGAGAAUCAAAAACUUGCUUCCAAGCUACCUGACUGGUUAAGUACCAGAUGGAACAGAAAGGCCACACAGUACCAACUAGAACACAGAAGGUUUCCAAGCUUCAGUUACUUUGUAACAUUCCUUUCCAUGGACGCGAGUAUUGCUUGCAACCCAAUAGCAUCUUACAAUGCAUUACGGCCAGGGGAAGCAGACAAAGCAAAACUCAAAAAUCAAAAUUCAGUGACAUCCAAAUCCCAAGCCAUAGGGGCUAAGAUCUUCACAACAAACACAAGUGAAAGGAACAUGUAUGUUACAUGUAUGUUUUGCAAGAAAGCAGGACACAGGCUACCUUGUUUACUUAAGUUUAGUCUCACCGCUAAUAUGCAUUUAUGUAUGUUGUGUAUAAAUUUGCAUAUGUUUGACAGUUCGACGGUGGGUUUGUAUGGAGUUAACUGAAGUCAAUAAACCCGUCAGUACUACAAGAA